AUGUGGGACGGGUUCUUAUGCUGCCUGUUAGCUUCCAUCUUGUUCGGCAGCGUCUUCGUCCCGAUGAGAAGACAUCCGAUGGGUGAUGGCUAUUACGCGCAGCUCUUCUUCUCCCUCGGCGCUUUCCUGAUCACAUUUCCGAUCGGCAUCUACUACCCGCCUACCGUAUACCCACUAGUAAUGUUCGGGGGAGCGUUGUGGUGCUUUGCGAAUUCAUUCUGCGUCGGUCUGAUGAACAAAAUCGGCAUGGCGCAAGCGAUAUUAAUAUGGAAUACCUCGAGUUGUUUGACGGGCUGGGCGACAGCGCGAUUUGGUCUUUUUGGAGUCGACGCCCAGCUCCCCGCCAGCGAGUUGUUGAAUUAUAUUGGAGUGUUAUUACUACUCAUUGGAGCCGUUUUCUACCUCUUCAUCAAAAGCAACGCCCCCGGAUCUGCCGCACAUAUUGAUGCCGGGGAAAAGAAACUAGAAAAAGAGGUCGCCGAAAAUGCGGCUCAUCUACCGCUGACAGAACGACUUUUAACGAUGGUUUGCUGCCUGCUCGUCGGGACCUUAUUUGGGUCUUUUUACACUCCAGUUUCUUAUUUGCAAAGCCUUGGCGGCUACCCCACGGCAGCACUCGACUACAUUUUCUCAUUUUUCAUUGGAGUGGUCGGAGCCUCAGCGACAAUCUUCUUUGUAUAUACUUAUGCAAAACGCGGAAAGCCAGAACUGAACCAGAUCAUCACAAUCCCAUCAUUCUACGGCGGGCUGAUGUUCGGGGCCGGAAUUUGCUUCUUUAUGAUUGCAAAUGAGAAAUUGUCGCCGACCGUCGCCUACCCCACCGUCGCAAUGCUGCCCGGGCUUGUCGUGUCACUAUGGAGUGUGUUGUACUUUAAGGAAAUUACGGGAAAUCGCAACAUCACCCUCCUCGCCGUCGCCUAUUCUUUGACGCUGAUCAAUAAUGCUGGUGUCACUGACGAGGACAUGUGCAACAAGAAGCCCGGAUUCUUGACCCAGGAUAUGCAAAGUUACGAUUACAUCUUCCAGAUUAAUGUUCGAUGCGUCGUUUUUCUUUCCCGUGAGGCCACUCCCCACCUUGAGAAAACGAAGGGAGCCAUCGUCAACAUGAGCUCGAUUGCCGCAUCGGAAAUUCAGGCCAUCGCCUUUCCCUACUAUGGGAUGUCAAAAUCUGCCUUGGACUCGCUGACCAGAAGCUUGGCCCUGGAGCUGAUCCGGAAGGGGAUUCGCGUCAAUGGGAUCAAGCCUGGGGCGGUUAGCUCGAAUAUUAUGCAAAAGCAAGGAGCUACAGAUGAGGUUUUGCAGCAGAUGGAAAAGAAAAUGUCGAGCAGCUUCGCACUGAUCCCGGCUGGAUUCUACGGAAAACCAGAAGACAUCGCCCAUCUUACCGCCUUCCUCUGUGAUAGCGAGCAAUCCCGCUACAUCAUCGGUCAGAGCAUUCGCGUCGAUGGGGGAACCUCGUUGGUUUGCCCGAUGAUGCUGGGAGAAGAGAUAGCUUCUGUCCAGAAGCUCGAAACGGACCAA